AGCCUUGAGUGCUGCCUUGACCUCAGCAAUUUGUAAACUUAGGUGUACGCAUAUAGAUCUAUAGAUACUUUUCAUCUACUUUCGGUUGAUUUUACAACUUUUAACCAAAGCUAACCAUGUCUGAAGGAAGAAAUGUUGUCAUUGCUAUGGAUGGAAGUGAAUACUCAGAUUACGCAUUUGAUUGGUUUAUGAAGAAUGUACACAAACCAAGCGAUCAUGUAGUAUUUGUACAUGUUCCUGAAUAUCACACCGUCGUACAGUCACCAAUGGUUAUGGCUGAUGUAACAGUAUUAACAGAUCUGUGGCAGGAAGAGGAAAAACGAAUUAAAAAACUGCUGGAAACUCUAGGACAGAAAAUGAAGGACCAUGGAAUCGGUGGUAAAGUAAAGAGUGUUAGUGGAAGUCCAGGUGAAGUCAUCUGUAAGGUAGCCAAAGAGGAAGGAGCAGGCAUGAUUGUCAGUGGCACCAGGGGUAUGGGAACAAUCAGAAGAACAUUCCUGGGUAGUGUCAGUGACUAUGUCAUCCACCAUGCCCAUAUACCAGUACUGGUUGUACGUCAUCAAGACCAAAAACAUGCUCACCAAAAGUAGACAUUUAGUAUUAUCCAAUUGGUGCUAGUUGGAAACAAAGAACUGAUUAAAGCACCAAGACUGUAACAAAUGAACAGCUAUAUGUAGUUCUUUUUUAUAACAAAUAUAAGUUUUAUAAACAUCAGUUGAUUGAUUGAUUGUUAGGUCUAUAGACGGAAAAGAUUCUAAGACUUGAAUGAAAAGUUUGGUUUAAUUUAAUGGUUGUUGUCUAGAUGUGGGAACACAUUUUUUACUUUGUAUUUGUCUUGUAUGUUAAAUAUAGAUUCAUGUAACCCUAUUUUAAUUCAAAUUAUAUAAUCUACAAGCAAAAAUUAUUCCAGUAAAGUAUCUUAUUGUUAAAUCCAAAAAUUAUUUCAAAAAUAUGGUAAGAAAAGUAUAGUGGUCUAGCAUUGUACAGUAAAGAUCAGUAAAGAUUAAUUGAAUUUGGUAAGAGUAUAACGGAAAUCUCAGGAAUUUUAUAGUAUUCAAUAAAAUGAAAAGCAUAUGUGUGUAUUCAUGAUCUACCAUUUAUUCAGAAUUCUUAUACAAUAAAAAUUCUACACUGUU